UAUAUAUAUAUAUAUACACACACACGUAUAUAUUAUUUUCUAGAUGCACUAGCACCUCAUGGAUUCCAUAAGUCGGAGCUUGGCAAGGUCUGAACUGGACACGACUCAUACAUAUGAGAUUAAUAGACAGCUGUCACUGGCUGCCAUCACCGGAUCUCCAUCAGAUCUCGAGCAGUCAGUCUUCCCGCAGAUCGCAACCCAUAGCAACCUGCGUAGCCAGCAGUGGCCAACAGUGGCCAACCGAGCGAAGGAGGAACAAAGGGAUCGAUCACCCUAUCGAUCGAUCGAACGCACAGUGGACGCUCCAUAUUCGCACGUGCCUUCGAGCCGAGGUACACGGUUUCUAAAAAGCUCUAGUCCUUCCCCGUGAAUUACUAUUAGCAGAAUCGUGUCUCACUGGAAGGUGCGUCGAUCUUUGUGCAAAAGGAACAUCCAUCCCAAAAAGAACUGUGGACUUGAGGGCUG